ACCAAUACCAUGAGUUUGGGUUUCAGAUCAGUCGCGGCUUAAGAGAGUUCAUGUGCGCAGUCCCGUGGAUCAGCCAAGUGCAAGUGAGCUAGUCCGUCGGAAAAUUAUAACGUCACAAACACGGCAAAAUGUUGAUAAAAGUGAAGACUCUGACUGGCAAAGAGAUUGAAAUUGACAUUGAGCCAACAGACAAGGUUGAGAGGAUAAAGGAACGAGUUGAAGAGAAAGAAGGAAUACCGCCCCCUCAGCAGAGACUUAUCUUCAGUGGCAAACAAAUGAAUGACGACAAGACAGCUCAGGACUACAAGGUCCAAGGUGGCUCGGUGCUUCAUCUGGUUCUUGCCCUGAGAGGAGGGGCACUGUGACCCCACCACAGAUGUGGCGUCAAGGAGUUUUGAUAAACAGUUACAAUCAAGUGUGUAUUGAUUGUUACUCAACAUGUACGAAAAGGGAGAGGGGUACAAACACAUGUAAAUGGCAAUUUCCUUAUCUGUAUUGCAAAAACUAAAACCAAAAAAUGGGUGGGGGAUGUAAGAGUAUACUUUAGGACCGAUUUCAAGAACUUCAACGGGAACUUGAAUAUGUUGGUUCCAACCCAUUCUUUGUCAUGUCUUAAGUCAAUAUUAGACCUUGGAAUGAACCUGGCGUUGCGUACAUGAGUAUAUAAUAAACAAAGGAAGUGAUAUAUCCUCAUUUUCCUGCCACUAAAUGUUGAACAAAUCUCUCUCUUUUGCUGGAGGUGAAAAAGUAAUGCAGUAUCAUACAUGUGGCAUGGAACCAGGGUUUAUAAAAGGUCCGUGCCACUUCUGUAGACUCCAACCAGGACAAACAGAAAUACUUUAGGGGGAACUGAAUGCAUGACUUGGCAGGGGAAACAGGUUGAUAACGGCAUGGUUAGUGUUUCUGCUGGUCAAAUGUCUAUUGUCAACUGCUCAAAAGGCCCAUGGUAAUGCUGCAGUGCACAUGUAUGUAACCUGUUAUGGUGUGUAUUUUGACAGGUGGUUUAGGUCUGGACAUUGCUAGGUUGGGAUGGACCUGGUAUCAAGCAAAUAUUAACCGCUCAAUACAGUGUUUUGGAGAAAUGUAACUGGGACACUAGUAGGGGGGAAGUAUGCAGCUGUAUUGGAUUGCUUUACGGGGGAUGAACUCAUAACAUGGUAGUCACAUACAUAUAGAUUAUAUUGAGGAGUAUAAAUCUCCAGUGCUCUGUGCUGGUGCUCAGACACAAAACAUGGGUCCUGUUAAGUCACCUUCGGCAGUUGGAUCCAGUGUGAAAGCUUGUCAUAGAGUCACUUUGUGGGAGGUAAAUGCUGGAAAGAAACAUCUGUGAAGUGUUUCAAAGUGUAAACUGAAGCGUACUUGUAUGGAACCUUUUUGCUCGUCCCAUUAUUUUUGCUUGUUCUUCUUUUGUUGAAAGAAAUUGGACACCGAAAACCUGCAUGCCAUUUUUACCUUACAUAAGCAUAGGUGGAGUAGGUUAUGUUAUUGUUCUGUGUGUUUUCGUAAUACAUGUACAUGUACAUCAGACAGUUGGUCGUGUGACACUGAGCAUGCAAGAAAGACAAAUGUUCAUACAUGUACAAGUGUUUUCUGGUUAGACUUUAAGGGGCGGGACCUGUUCCGUGAGGUUUGCACACGAAUUAAAGUAUUGUUUGUCACUAAGCCGCAUCCUAAUGAAAAGAUUGCUGUCAACAGUUCAGUGUAUAAAACAUCUGCCUAAAGUAACGAACGGACAGGUAUAAAUUUGAGUCAAAAAAAAGAUUUGAACCUGCUUCUUCUAGAAUACUGUUCUGAUGUUCUUGACCUGACUGAUUUGUGUGCCCAGAAUGCAGCCAUUGGCAUGUUGUUUGAAAUUAGCCUAAUCGAUCAGUAGAACACUGCCGUGGUAUUCUGCAUGUUGUAGGUUCAGUUCCACUCUUACUAGGCUUUUUUUUUGCAUUUCGGCCAACUCCUAGAAAGAAUACUUUUCAUACAUGCUAUGACGUUAUCAUAAUUUCCUAACUGCAAAGCAUUCACAAAUAUUUGUUAUACAGUAUAAAAUGUUUUGCCUGGCGUUUUGUUUAAUAAAUUAUUGAACUGAAAAGAGGUUGUGUAGUUAUAAGU